AUGGAUUUAAGUGACGAAAAAAAUUUUACCAAAGGUAUGUAUUGUUCUUCGACGUUUGAUACCUUCCUAUGUGAUGAACGACUCUGUUAUCCAUGGUUUACACCUUGUGGAGAUGGCGAAUGUGUCAUGUUAACAUACUUGUUCGAGCAUAGCACUUCGACUGAUUGGAGUUGUGCGAAUAUGCGAGAACGAAAUUAUUAUUGCGAAAUUACUACUGCUAGACAAUUGUGGACAAUGCCAAACGGAAUGUGCUAUCCAUUUCCAGACUACGAUGAUUCGAAUGAUUUGAAUAAUCCGAACUUAACUCAGUCGGAAAAAUGUAUCUAUCUGGUUAAGUGUGCUUUGUCACGUGGCUUUGAACGCGACUGUCCGUGUAAUCAAGAAAAUUGUUCGAUACUGAUGAAAGAAAUUUGCAAACAAGAUUACGUUAUCUAUCCUGUCGGUGCUUUAUAUGCACCUCACCUUUUCCAUCAAUACAAAAUUGAUCGUGAUUGGCACGCGAUUGUACCAGACUUGGCUAGAAUGAAUGGAUGCAUCCAAUGCCGCGGCUAUCGUGUAUGUCAUUCGAUGUUGCACAAUAUCACAUUCUUCCAUCAGUUAUUUCGUGCAGCUGAUGUGAUCGCUUGUAAAUAUGUCCAAUACAUGAAUAAUACAUCGAUAAUACAAAAGGACAAAUAUUGUUGGAAUGAUUCGCGAACAUUCAAUGGUUAUCCUUAUAAAAUAGCUGAUGUUUGUAAUAUAUCGAAAGAAUGUAUUUCCAAAUAUCGACUUUUGGACCAAGCUGCAAACUGUAUGGAUGCAAUGGAUGAGAAAGUCGUCGAUUAUAAAUGUGACGUUAAUAUUAGAAAGCAUCGUUUUCAAUGUUCAUCGAGUGAUUCAAAGUGUUUGCCUGUGUGGCGCUUGGGAAAUAGAGAAAAGGAUUGUUUUGAUAAUUUCGAUGAAUUCCUCUAUGGAUCGAGUUAUCCACUGAAUCGAAUCGAUUGUAAACAAUCGAAUGAUGUCGGUUGUCAGAGACUUCGGAUGUACAUUAGUCAAUCUUCAUCAAUGAAGACAAAUGAAUCUUUACUGAAUUUCCCAGAUGAACCCGUGUCUUCAGUUCAAAUUCCGUUUCAUUAUUUUUGCAAUAGCUACUGGGAUCUUUCGUCGAAAAUCGACGAGUCACCAACGUACUGUCAACAAUGGAUUUGUUCAACAGGCGAUUUUCAAUGUAAAACUGGUCAAUGCAUAUCGAUCGAUCAUGUUUGUGAUGGAGAAAUCGAUUGCUCUGAUGGUUCAGAUGAACAAGCUAUUUUUGUUCUGAUCGAUCAUAUGUCGGAACAUAAUCGUCAACUAGGCAGUAAUUUAUUAACGAAAAUCGAACAAUGUCACAAGAUGUACGAUCAUAAACAACCAUUCGAUGAAUUUUGUGAUUUUCAAUAUGAAUUUCCUUGUCUUUUAAACAAUGUGACUGAUCCGACGGAUCUAUUUACGAAUCGGCCGUGUAUUAAUCUAACUCAGAUCGGUGAUGGCACUGCCAAUUGUUAUGGUGCACUUGACGAAUUGAAUACGUUUGAAGAUUGUGAGGGAAAUAUGAAAGGAUUUGGUUUUCGUUGCAAUAGUUCAUGGGCAUUGUCUCCAUGUAAGGCUUAUACACAUCUUUGCGAAACUCGUUGUAAAGAUCGCGAUGACCAACCAAUUUGUUUUUAUCGCUCAACAAUUGGAAAUUGCAGUGCUCCGACAGAUGUUACAUGUCUAAAUGGAACACAAUGCAUUAAAGGAGGUCGAUGCGAUGGUUCAUUAGAUUGUCCGUACGGUGAAGAUGAAUUUUGGUGUCCUAGAACUGUUGGUAAUUUUGAAAAGUCACACUAUCGACAAAUAAAACAUCGAAACAAUAUAGAUAGAACAUUUGAUCUUCACAUUCCAUUCUAUCCACAAUUGCAUCGUUUACCAAUCGGUUUUCAACGUUUUCAAACAACUAUUCGAACCAAGAAAUUUGGUCGAACAGUUCUAGAAUAUAAAUCAAUUAUGCGCGAUAGUUUUUGGUGUAAUCGAGGUGUUGCUGUCCAUGUCAAUGAUACUAUCGAAUGUUUUUGUCCACCGACGUACUAUGGAAAGCGAUGUGAAUAUUUCAGUGAUCGAAUCACCGUUGUAACGCAUCUCGAUCUUUUGCAUUUUCAAUCUGAUAUUGCUACGAAAAACGACAUGAAUGUCGUCAUCAAGAUUGUAGCUACUCUUCGUCACAAAUACAAUAUUCUUGACUGGCAUGAAUUUCACGUACAAUCGCUAAUUGAAAGAAAUGAAUCUGUCAAACAUAAAUUUCACCUGUUGUAUAGUCGUAGUCAAUUACAUUUGAAAGAAAAACAAAAACGACAAGCAUCUCGGCAACAGAUUCUCCAUGAACAUCCAUAUUCAAUUCGCUUCGAAGCAUUUGAAUUACGAAAAAAUCAGAUAAUUGUCGAGUUAGGAGCUUGGCAUUAUCCGAUAAAUUUUGAUUUCUUACCAUCCUUUCGCUUUGCCACUAUUUUACGAUUUCCUAACGAUUAUACUAAUGCUUCCAUUGAUUCAUGUCGCAAGCAUCGCUGCCAACGCAAUUCAAUCUGUCGACCAUUAUUCUCGACGAAGGAUUCGUAUUAUUGCUCAUGCAAACAAGGAUACUACGGUCAAUAUUGCCAAUCUUACAAUAACCAAUGUUUGGUAUAUUGUUCCCCAUUAUCGAUAUGCAAAAGUGAUUACUUGAUUCAAAGUCACGGACUAGAACAACCGUUGUGUAUCUGUCCACGUGAUCGGUACGGACCACGGUGUCAUCUUCGUCUUGAUUCAAUUUGUUCGAGCGAUCGCUGUCAAAAUAAUGGCACCUGUUUGUAUACAUACGAUUGGAGUGGUGAAACACAAUAUCAUUGUGUUUGCCAAGAUCGUUUCUAUGGAAAUGUAUGUGACCUUGAAAAAGUUCCUAUUAAUAUACGACUGAAUACGACAGAAAACGUUCGGGCAACGACCAUUCAGUUUUAUGAAAUCAAUAGACAAUCUUUUCAGCUUAAUAUUGCUCAUCAAGCCGUUCAAUCGGGUCUUGCUGAAUUUCUCUACUAUAAGUACAUCGGUGAAGUUGUACCACCACUUUGUUUGCUGAAAUUUUACGACGAUCUGUUUUCGUUUCGAUAUUUCAUCGGUUACUUUCGACUCUCUGUUAAUAUGAUCAGCAUAACAAGCAAUCCAUUGUUUUGUCCUAAAGCGAACACGUAUAUUCAGAAAUUGAACGCAAGUAAGUGUUGA